UUACGUCAUCAGUGUCAGACCUGAUUGGUCGAUUCAGGAACCAACAUUUGAAAAGGGCCGCUGUCUGUGCAGCAGUCAUGAUGGUGUCGGGGGUUCACGUACUGCAGGCUGGUUGGCUUUAGAAAACAAAGAUGUCUUUUGGAUUUUAUGUGAGAGUGCUUGUUCUCUCGCUGUUGACUUUUGGGCAGCAUGCGGAGGCUCUCAGCUACAGAAGUGGAGGCUCCAGUGAUGUCAAACCUUUCUUUGAUUAUCCAAGAAGCCUCCGACCUGGAGGCUUUCUGGGUGGAUCUGGAUCCAGUUACAGUGGAGGUGUUUCAUCUGAGAACCUGAAGCCAGCUGCUGCAGGACGUUCUAGUGGCUCUAAUGGUCGGCAGGUAGAUGGUGAGAGACAGAACCCACAGCAGCCACGUCAGACUGACCCGGAUACAGAUGGCAUCCUCCGGACCAAAGCUAGUAUGUGGGAUAUUCUGGAUUUACCCCCGACUGGAAACGGCUUUGAGUCGGGUAUCGCUUCCAGUUAUGGAAUUGAGAUGCAUUCUGGUCCCCAACUUCAGCUGGACUCAGCUUGGCCGGCCAAGCCCCAGUGGCGCAGCUACCGGCCUAAGCCCCAGCAGCCCGGCUACCCAUCCAAACCCCGGCAGCCCGUCCACCAGCCAGGCUACCCAUCCAAACCCCAACAGCCGGGCCACCGGACCGAGCCCCGGCAGCCCGGCCCCCAGCCAGGCUACCCAUCCAAACCCCAACAGCCAGGCCACCAGACCGAGCCCCAGCAGACCAGUUACCAGCCCGGCUACCCAGCCAAGCCCCAACAGCCAGGCCAACAGCCGGGCCACCAGACCAGGCCCCGGCAGACCAGUUACCAGCCCGGCUACCCAUCCAAACCCCAACAGCCCGGCUACUCAUCCAAGCCCCAACAGCCGGGCCACCAAACCAAGCCCCAGCAGGCUAGCUACCAGCCCAGCUACCUAUCCAGGCCCCAGCAGCCCAGCUACCCAUCCAAGCCCCAACAGCCGGGCCACCAAACCAAGCCCCAGCAGGCUAGCUACCAGCCCAGCUACCUAUCCAGGCCCCAGCAGCCCAGCUACCCAUCCAAGCCCCAGCAGCCCAGCUACCCAUCCAAGCCCCAACAGCCCAGCUACUCAUCCAAGCCCCAACAGCUGGGCCACCACACCAGGCCCCAACAGACCAGCUAUCAGCCCAGCUACCUAUCCAAGCCCAAACAGCCCAGCUACCCAUCCAAGCCCCAAGAGCCGGGCCACGAGACCAAGCCCCAGCAGACUAGCUACCAGCCCAGCUACCUAUCCAGGCCUCAGCAGCCCAGUUACCCAUCCAAACCCCAACAGCCGGACCACCAAACCAUGCCCCAGCAGACCAGCUACCAGCCCAGCUUCCUAUUCAAGCCCCAUCAGCUGGGCCACCAGACCAAGCCCCAACAGACCAGCUACCAGCCCAGCGACCUAUCCAAGCCUCAGCAGCCCAGUUACCCAUCCAAAUCCCAACAGCCAGGCCACCAGACCAUACUCCAGCAGACCAGCGACCAGCCCAGCUACCCAUCCAAGCCCAAACAGCCCAGCUACCCAUCCAAGCCCCAACAGCCAGGCCACCAGGCCAAGCCCCAGCAGCUCGGCUUAACCCGAAUCAAAGCUGGCUUGUGGGACUCCCAUCCUCAUCCUCCUCCUCCUCCUCCUCCUCCUCCUCCUCAGGUCGGUGUUGCCUCUGGCUCUUCCUUGCAGCCCACUGACUCAAACCCACAAAAAAAUGUGGAUCCAGGAAGUUCAAGACCUCUUCCUAUGGCAUCCCCGUCCCAUCCCAGGUGGCAGCAGCAACUGCUGCCAGUCAACAACAGACCUCAUCGACCUCGGGUAUCCUAACUGUUCCUGACGUCUCUCUGGAAGCAGUGUGUCCUGGUAUCAACUUUUGUGAAAUUCAAUAAAGUACUUGGAACAGCA